AACUCGAGUUCGUUGCAAAAAACGCAAAUUUUCAACACUUCAACAAAUUUCGUAGAUUUCGUGAUAAAAAUAAAGAUAGAACAAGUGGUCCUGUUGUGUCUAGCAGCAUGUGAGCAAAAUUAUCAACUUAUCGCGAUCGAGCUUCUAAGUUUAGCGACUAAUUCCUGCGAAGAUAAACGGAUGCCACAAGCUGAAUUCAAUAGCCGUAGAUAAUCGUCAAGUGGUAACCGCAACCACGCGAAUCUAAAGCGCACCGUACAAACUCGGACUCUUGCGAACUUCUUGCGGAAAGUGUAUUAGUUCGUGGUAAAAGCGUCGAGAUUUAAAAAAAAUGGGCGAAACAGUCGCAGACGAUGGACCACAAAACGUUCUGGAUGCUUUCCACGAGAACGACAAGCAGCGAGUGCUCAAGUUAAUCGAUGCCCUGCAUGAUACUUCCGUCACGGCUGAUGAUUUCGAGCAUAAGUAUGAAGAGUAUGCCGAAAUACUCUCGAAAUAUCAAGAACAACCUCAUUUGUUGGACCGCAGUCUCGAGGAGGUGGUGAACAAAAUUUUGCCAUUCCUACAGGAUGCUCACCCGGACGUACAGCAUCGUGCCUCAAAGUAUUUGUAUCAGAUUUGCAAAGUGCGCACAUUUAAAGCGUUCGUGAAGAGCUUACCACACGAGGUUCGACACCUUCCAUCCGUGCUGAGUCUUGUCGAGCGACAGAAUCUGGAAGAUUGGCAGCACUGGGAAACGCGCUAUAUCGCGCUUCUGUGGUUAUCGCUUCUGGUCCUGAAUCCGUUCGAUCUCAGCCGCCUAGACACAUCCGAGCCGGUCGAUGGCAUGACAACGAUGCAGCGCCUAUACGAGGUUUGCAGAUCGAAUUGUCUUAAAGACGACAGCUGCACACCUGUUGCCGCCUUUCUUGUCGCGCGGUUCGUAAUACGCAACGAUGUGAAAAUGGUCUGUCUCGAUCCAUUUCUGGAUUGGGCCGUGGGAACCAAUGAGAACUAUCACGUGGAUGCGAAGAUUGGUCCUCUAGCAGCAAUCGCUAGCAUACUGAAGCAUGGAAAGAGGGAGGAUUUGCUACCCUACGUCGAACGGCUCGGCAACUGGGUACUUCAGCUCGAUUACUCUACUAUAGCGGCUAGUUUUAAAAUCUAUAAAAUAUGUAUAAAAAUUUGCCAGCGCAUUGGACUGGUGCUGCUGCCUCCCAAAAUAGCCAAAUGGCGUUAUCAACGAGGUGCCCGUUCACUACUGGCCAACGUACAGAAAACGGUCACACUGGCAUCGUUGCGAGAAGUACAGCAAACGGAAACACUUUCGGAGCGCGGCGAGGAAGAAGCUGACGAUUCUGAUGACGAAGAGGUGCCGGCUGUAAUAGAAGAAAUUAUCGAACGACUGUUACUGGGUUUAAAAGGCAACUCUACCAUUGUGCGUUGGUCUUCUGCCAAAGGAAUCGGCCGUAUUACUAACCGCCUGCCGAAGCUUCUCGGAGACGAAGUAGUAUCAUCCGUGAUAGAAUUGUUAAACCCACUGGAGCAGGAUGACGCAUGGCACGGUGCCUGCCUAGCGUUGGCAGAGUUGGCUAAACGGGGACUUCUCUUGCCCUCAAGAUUAACGGAGAUUGUGCCACUAUUACUACAAGCCCUAGUGUACGACGAAAUCCAAGGGUAUCGCAAUGUAGGUCAAAACAUUCGUGAUGCCGCUUGCUACAUGAGCUGGGCGUUUGCCCGAGCUUACCAUCCUUCCGUGUUGCAACCGUUCGUUGAACGGAUUGCUUCCGCGUUGCUCGUGACAACGGUUUUCGAUCGUGAAAUCAAUUGCCGGCGAGCAGCUUCUGCAGCCUUCCAGGAAAGUGUCGGCCGGCUUGGCAACUUCCCACACGGUAUCGAUAUUCUAACCACUGCCGACUUCUUCUCGGUUGCCGUUCGCAGCAAUGCAUUCCUGCAGAUCAGCGAAUCCAUUGCUCAGUUUGAUGAAUACAAAUACAUGCUUAUCGAUCAUCUCAUUGCCCGUAAAAUUAAUCAUUGGGAUACUAACAUCCGCGAGCUUACCGCUCUGGCACUGCGUAACUUAACGAAGCAUGCUCCAGAUUACAUGUGCGAUACGAUAGUGACCAAAUUGUUCGAGUUGGCCGAAUCGACCGAACUGAACACUCGACAUGGUGCUGUGCUAGCACUAGGGGAGGUGAUAAAUGCACUGCAACAGCUAACAACCAUCUCAACUGAGAAAAUGAAACAUUUCAACAACAUAACUGGAGAACUAGCUGGACAGUUGGUUGGAAAGUACCGACAGCGGGGCCAAUUCAAGGGAAUGAGUGGAGCAUACAUGAAACACGGUUGCGCAGCUUUCAUACGGAAUUGCAGCGAAGCUAAACUGCCAAUUACCAGCAAAGAGUAUCUAGAAUCCUGGCAACUACUGCUUGAUGAAAGUAUCGUUGAUGAAAAGUCAACGACACGAGAACAGGCAGCAUCGGCAUUCGCAGCAUUCUGUAGCACAUACUACCGGAACGAGCCGGUCGAGCAUUUAGAAGCCCUUAUAGAUAACUACCUUCGAGAGCUACGUUGUACGCAGAUCGAACAUAAAGCGCAGGGUGUCGUUUCAGCGCUUGGUGCACUUCCCCCUUUUAUGCUGCAGUUGCGUCUUAUCGAGAUCGUGCAGCUGAUCGACGUGAAAACGGUUGUGCCAGAAGUGUACGCUGUGGGCUACAAUCAUUCCGAGAUGCGACGGGAUUGCAUCCGGGCGCUAGUGCGCAUUGUAGAGACAGUUGGUUUCGAUUCGAAUCCCGAUGUGCUGUGCGGUCCGGUCUUCAACUGUUACCUACGGGCACUGGAAGAAUAUGCACUCGAUAAUCGGGGUGAUAUUGGAUCGUGGGUGCGCGAGGCCAGCAUUAACGCACUGUAUGCCUUUCUUACCACUUGUCCACCCGAAUUGCUGACAAAGGAUCACGUUCAACAGGCACUGGAAGCAAUCGCUAAGCAAGCCGUCGAGCGUAUAGACAAGAUACGUGCCGUUGCAGGAAAAGUGUUCACAGCCCUGAUACACCACGAACCGCCUCUUCCGCACGUGGAAGAACGAGAACGCUUGCAGCAACUGUUCCCGCAUGACACAACGGACAUUCUUUGGUUGUUCCCUCACCACACAUUCCCACUCUUCAUCGAAUUACUGGGUGUACCAUGUUAUGUAGGCAAGGUAUCGGCCGGACUGAUACUAAGCGUCGGUGCACCAACCGAAUCAUUGCACACGUGUGCUUCAAAAACAUUGAACGAUUACCUGAAAAACCAUCCAUCCUUCGUGCCCACGUUUGGCUCGCUUGUGCUGCAAAUAUUGACGGAGAAAACUCCCAAGGACCCGCUGUUUACCAUGUCCUCUUUCCAGUUUCUCUCUGAGUUGCUUAGUUCGUCAGCAAACGCCAAAAUUCUGCUGGCGGAAGAUGCACAGUUUGCCGAACCUAUUUUCAAUCUUCUCAACAGUCUGAUAACGCACACGAAAAAACACAUCGAUUCCAUUCCGGUAUAUUGUGCGCUAAUGCUCUCACCGAAACUGUGCAAACGCGUACUCAGCAAGCUCGUGGUGUAUCUUGGCAUGCUUUGUGUUAACAUUCGGCGCGAAACUGCAUUGAAGAUGUAUGAAACAUUGCUAGUGUACGGUGAUCAGACCUGCAUUCCGGAAGAGAAUCUGGACGAAGUACUAGUUUACUUGAGCGAGGAAAAAUGGGACGGGGAACUGGAAGAGGCCCGACAGCUCCGUAAUCAACUGUGUACGCUUAUGGGAAUUAAGGCACCCGUGAGUAAGCUGAAAAAGUAACCUGUUUUUCUCAUCAUAUUUACUCCCAGCAUCUUCUGUAACCGUCACUGCAGACCAGUCGAAAGCGUGCAUUUGCAAAACAAUAUUUUAGUUUGAACUACUCUUAUUUAAUCGUUUCGCCUUCUAAAUCCAUUUGAAAUAAUUGUGAUACUAAACAUCAAUAAACGCGUAACACUGAAAUUA